GAGAUGCAGCCCAGGGCCUACAUGGUGUCUUCCCCACGCGGGUGCUUGGACGUGUGUCCGGCGAUGAUACACGGACUAACAGCGGCCCGAUUCCUCCAGCUCUUCGUCAUGUUCCUUCCAAAAGGAAGGGAGGCAGGAAGCCUGCAGGAACAGCCCCGGCUGUGGCUGCUUCCUCUGGUGCCAAGGCCAAAUCCAACUCGGCUCGGACGCUCCCGAAGAAGGCCAGAGGAUCCAUUCGGGAAAGCUUGGCUACGCCAGGGGAGUUGUCUAAGCCCACAGGCUCUACCUCUCGCCGAUCUCAUGCGCCAAAGCUACGGGCUGCUAAGUGCAAGGCAGCUGCUUCGUCUGGGGAAGGACGUACUGGUGUAGGGCCACCUUCUUUGCCGACCGCUGACAAUAAUGAUGGCCCUGACCCGGAAACCCAGCGGCGCAUCAUGAACGAGCGAUGCGCUGCUUUGCUUGAAGCACAGCGCGAGGCCCUUAGACGUCGCAUGGAGCAACGACGAGAGGCGAUCAAAGCUGCGACGGCCAAAGCACGAGCAGUUCAUGACCCGCCUGUCGACGAGAUGAUGCCGACAGCAGUUGCUGAAGAUGAUCAUGCAGCUAUAUCAGUUGAUGUUGGGACCCAUGGUGAGCCUACGGUAAAUGUACAGCCAGAUGCGGCCGAGACCUCCGGUUAUGUUCCAGAUUCUCUGGACUUCCUCAUGUACAUCCCGGGCCGGAAUCUUGAUGUCUUUGCUCUGCAGCACUAUGUGGUCGUUGGUGUUGAUGACCACUGGCUUUUUGCGGGAAUGCAGAUGGUGUACGGCCAGAUCUUUGAAUGUCAGAGGUCCUUGAUCUCAACAUUGUAUCCUGGAAUUCGAGUGGACUUGGAGCUGCGGUCUUACCUGAAUUUCUGUUGUGGCUUGACCAGUGUGAGUGCUGAGCAGGUCCGUGUUCACAAUGUCCUGCAGGGUCGCCUUAUACUCAUGUCAGGACAAGCGUCGCAGGCUAUUCAAUCGCUUGGAUACUCUUAUUCAAUCGAUGCCAUGCGCCGAGAGGCCAAAAGACAUGGGCGCUUGGUGAAGCGGGAGAGGUAUCUAGAUCAGAUCCAACAGGCGGAAGAGGCUGCUGCCUCCCACAAUGCAUUUGUGCUCUACCGAAUCGUCCGUACAGUGGAGCCUCGCAUCUAUGCACCUGAUCUCACCGAGCUGAAAUGCUCUACCCGCAGCAUACAGCCGUACAAGGCUUUGCCAACCACCCACCCAGCUGCUCCUGCCUUUAAGGCAGUUACCGAGUAUUUUGGUGAUCGUGUGGCUGAUUGGAUGAGUGGUGUCGGUCGACCCUGUAUGCCACAAUCCUGGAAUCUUACCCAUGUUGCUUUGAUUCCCAAACCGGGUAAAAAACAUGGUGCUAUCUCGUCUUUACGUCCCAUUGGACUGCAAGACCCGGUGGCAAAGGGCUACAUCAAAGUUCUGGCUGAGGUGAAUCCUACGAAAAGCAACGCCAUCAUGUCCUUACGUGGUUCCAUGUCACAGAGUUUGCGGAAGCUCUGGACUUCCACCUUUCGAGGUGGUGAGUGGCUUCGUGUACCCAUUGGCCAGGACAAUGAAUUUAUACCACUGGUCCAGCAGCUGGACUAUCUUGGUAUCGUUCUCUCCUACGGGGGCUUUAAGGAGCUGAGUUGGAAGCGACGCAUAGGUGUCGCUCGUGCUAGCUUUGAGCGUAUACGCAAGAUUCUCCUGGGUCACCAUGUGUUGUCGCUAUCACACAGAAUCAAACUGUGGAGAACCAUCGUGCUAUCCUCAGCGACUUAUGGUCUACUGGGUAUUGGAUGGAGUUCCCCUGGCUUUGUCCGUAUGCAUGGCAUGUGUAUGAAGCAGCUUCGUUUGAUUGCUCGAUCUCCUGUGCACCUCACCUCGGAGACAAACCUUAGCUUGAUGCAGAGGCUAGGAAUGCAGGAUUUGGGCGCUCAUUUCGAGUUCAUGACUACUAAUGCCCUGGCCUAUCACAUGCAAUUGAUGGAUGAUUUGAACUCCGAGGAUGUUAUGUGCAGGAACUUCAACAUCAUUGCUGCUUGUGCAGGCAGUGGUUUGUGCAUCCAGAUUAUGCCCAUCAGUUUGAGUGCAGCUUGUUUGUACUGUGGUAAAGUGCCAACAAGGAAGGCUAACACAGAUGCCCAGUCCUUACACAGGCUUAUUUUGCUCUUCUGGUGGAUGGGCGACGAGCCGGGGAUUGCCCCGCCGACGAGAGCCGAAACCAGUUACUUUCUGAGCCUCUUCCCCCGGCCCUCCCAGAUGCAGAAGGAACAGGCCGAGCCGAUGGAUACAAAGGACCAGCCAAAACGUGGGAUAUUCGAGGAUACUUCCAGUCGGGAGGAAAGUCUUUCCAAGGCCAUGAAGGGGGAGAUUCACGAAGAAGCAGCCAGUCCCAAGGAGCCUGUGGGAGUUCGAGCCUCCGCCUCGCAGCCACCAGUCAAGGUGCCAGUGAUGGGCCUGUCCACUCCAUCAUUGACCACAGCAUCUCCGGCCAGUACUUUGACGCCACAGCAGCAGCUGCUUCCGAAUGCAGCUACAGCCACACCGUCGGGGAAAGGCAAGACCAAGAAGGGCAAGCAGGGCAAAG